UUGAAGGUAUAUUAAAAUACUACAGAUAUAUUGGAAUAAAACAGAUAUAUUGGAACACAUGACAGCAUUUAAAAACAAGUUUCUAUAAAAACUAGAAUUAGUUGUAGGUUUGAAUAUAAAUAAAAAAAGAGUUGAGAUUGAUUUUAACUUGGUUUAAUAUGGGUAAAUGGGGAGAACGAUUUAUAAUGCUUAAAAAGGUAACUGGAAAAUGUUUGUAUAGCGAUCAUUGCAAUGGUUAUCAAGAAACAGCUUGCUGCAAAUCAUUAAGGGUUCUUGUUCUUGGUGCUCCAGGAGUCGGUAAAACAAGUGUUUUAGAGCAGUUUUUGUACGGAAAAUUUUGCAGCGAUUACUUGCCAACAGUAUCAGAAGUUUAUAAAUCCAGAGUAUUUAUAAAAAAAGACAAAGCUAAAAAAGAAAUAAAUUUAGAACUUCGUGACUUUAAUGGAAAAAUUAAUCAAAUGUUCACGAGACUUUAUCGCGAGGAAGUGAUUAAAGCAGACGCUUUUAUUAUCGUUUACAGCGAAAACAGUGAACAAAGUUUUGCUAAAGUUGUAGAAACAGUUGCUGAUAUCAACAAUAUUCGUAACGUAAAAUCUCCCAUUCUCAUACUGCAAAAUAAAAAAGACUUAAAAAGUUACGAAGAACUUUCAAAAUAUUUUUACAUGAUAAACACAAAGCACGCAGUAGUAUCAGCUAAAGACAAUAAAAACAUUCAUGACGCGUUUAAAGAUUUGAUCUUAGAUCUUGAACGUGAUUUUUAAAGAAUAAAAAAUAAAAUUAGUUUAA